UUGAGUAUGAUGAAGGCCGAUAGGAGUUGCUUUGGUGAGAAUGUUGAGAACGUUAUGAGCGAAUAAGCAGGUACAGUGCUAAUGAGUUAGCUGCUUCUGCAGGUCAUUGCAAGGAAUCAUGGCUGUGAAUAUGAAGACUAUAGUGUAUAUUCUGUCAUUUUUGGUGUGAAUAAAUAGAAAUGUUGGAACGAAUUGUUGCUUGGGUUCUCAACAACUACUUGGGGAAUUAUGUUGAAAACUUGAACACUGCUCAGCUUAGUGUAGCUCUUCUGCAAGGUGAAGUGGAAUUAGAAAACCUUCCUUUAAAGAAAGAUGCUUUGCGUCACAUGGGACUGCCUAUCCAGGUGUGCUCAGGUUAUGUAGGGAAGGUGAAGCUGCAGAUUCCGGUCCCUCAGAUCCGCAGUGCACCAUGGGUAAUAAUCAUAGAGCAGCUUUGUCUUGUAACUGGGCCGGUGAAGCUUGCCGAGUGGGACGAAGAGGCAGAAGAGCGGGCUGCCCAGGAAUACAAGCUGAGUUUAUUGGAUGCAAUGGAAGUAAGGUGGAGGGCCGAGGUGGAGAGUGCCCAGACAUCAAGUUAUUAUGCAACCAGCUACUCAUCUUGGCUCAGUUUUGGUACCAGUCUAAUUGCCAAUAUCAUAGAAAAUCUCCAGUUGAAGAUUAAGGAUGUGCACAUUCGUUAUGAAGAUGAUGUUACAGUUCCUGGGCAGGCAUUUGCUUUAGGUGUAACUGUUGAAUCACUGACAGCACAGAGUUGUGAUGAUAAUUGGAUGCCUCGGUUUGUGGGCUGGGACAGUGGCAACACAUCAUUCAAACUGAUGGAACUGAGUACCUUUGCUGUUUACUGGGACAAGUUAACUGGUGAUCAGCUGUUAGGAAAUCUCUCCCUGGAAGAAUUGGCAGUGGCCAUGUAUCAGCGCAUGUCACUGAAGCACCAGUUUGUGCUGUCACCAGUCAGUGCCCGAGCAUACAUUAAGCACAACAGAAGUGAACAACCUCUUCGAUCAAGGACUCAGCCUAGAAUAGUUUGUGAUUUGCAUCUUGAAGAAGUACCACUGUCUCUCACUGAUUGGCAGUAUGGUCAAAUGGUAGGAUGUGUGAAAGGUCUGCAAGUUAUUGGCAAGUGCUGCCGUUAUCACAAGUGGCGACCAGAAGUCACAGUACUUGAGAAUGCACGCGUGUGGUGGCUUUAUGCUGCCAGAUGUAUUAUGGAUGGAUGGCGUCAUUCAUCUCCAGGAGGUUGGGAGGCAGCACUUCAGAGAGCUCGAGAUAAUGUAGCGUACGUUGAAAUGUAUUCUCGAAUCUUGAGCUGUCCAGCAGCAGCUGUGCCUCCAGAAAUGAAACAGUUGAAAGACACCAUGGAAUUGGAAAGAAGCCUGGAAGAGCUGCGGGUACUUAGAGAGGUUGCCAUGAGGAGGGUUCAUCCUCCGGAACAUACUGUACCUUCAUCUGCACCUCCAGUUAAACAAGAACGAGGAAGCAAUUUGCUCUGUUGGUUCCCACAGCUGUGGGGAUGGAACUAUGUGACAUCGGCAACACCUGAACCUGCGCCAAGCAGAACAGAGAUUGAGCUGGAAGAUCAGAUACUUGAUGUCUUGGCAGACUCCAUAGAAAACAACACAAUUCUGAGGAGGGAUGUAGUGUUUGGACAAUUCAACUUCACGCUGAAGCAAGGCACAUUUCAUUUGUGUACCACAAAAGCAACUGACAGUGAGCAUGAAGCAGAGAAUUUACCUUUAAUGGAGCUUCAGUUUGAAAAUGUGAACUUGGGCUUAGAAUCUCGACCACGUUCAGGCUCGCACAAGUUUCACAUUAGUCUGGGAGCCAUGUAUCUUCGUGAUCAUCUGACAUGUGAUACAGCAUUCCCACAGUUGGUUGGACCCCAUGAUCAUGACUGUGGGUUAGUUCUGGGGCGCGCAUAUACACCGGGCCUUGCCAAGCUGCUCAGUCACAAUUCUGUCCCAAACAGACCACAAACAGAGGAACCCCUCUUCAGACUGGUUUAUGAGUACCAGCCUUUCAGCUCCAACAUGGAUUACAAGUUGCAUAUUCAGUCACGCUCACUGGAUGUAGUUUACAACCCUGCUGCAGUCAAAUGGUUGGCAGAUUUCUUUACACGACCUCAUCAGGCACCAGAUGCACAGCUGCGUAAUGCUGCGCGACAUCGCUACGAAGCUGUGAAACAGAAGACAAAGGAAGAAUUCAUGCGUAACUGGGAACAGAUUCUGGAAGGAAAGCUGAAUGAUCGAAAAUCAUGGGACAUCAUGUUGGAUAUUUGGGGUCCUCGGAUUUUGUUUGUGGAACAUUUCUGUGAUAAGAAUGCUGUUAUGGUAGUGGUGGAUUUUGGCAAGUUGCACUUCAGUAAUCAGCUGGACACAGACCGUACUGCCCCAGCUGCCUCUCAGACUCGAGACAGUGAUGACGAAGAAGAUUUCCAGACACCCUGCUCAACUCCACAUGGCAGUGAAGCAAGCCUUUCAGAGAGCCACACUGUAACAGCACCAUCACGAGCAGAUAACUUUCUGAACAGCAGUUUUACUGAUCUCACAUUGCAUCAGAAGUUAUAUGACAGGUAUACGAUGGACCUUGGAGAUCUCCAGAUUUUGGUAGGUCGUGUGCGUGACAACUUCAAGUAUGCUCACCAGCGUGGUACCUCCACUCUGCAUGUUGUUGAUCGUUUCAACAUCUCAUUACAAGUGGAACGCAGAGUUGUCUUCACAACUGAUCCCCAAUUUCCAAGCCUCACUCUCUCUGGAAACUUACCUCGAUUAGUGGUUCAUGUCAAUGAACAGAAGAUUGAUGCUUUGAGAACUAUGGUGGCCAUUAUUAGUGGCAAUGGACUUCCUUCUCCAUUUAGGUCUGAACACUGUGCGGGCAGUGACAGUGUAGGUGACACUGUAACGGGCACAGAUCAGUGUAACACUUCAGAAUCACAAGGCUGGGCAGGCAGGGAGGCGGCUCGGCUUGUAGUGCUCCAGUUUUGCAUUGAUCAGAUGGCACUGGAGGUCCAGUCUCGCGGUCGGUGUGUUGCAGAGUUGCAGGUAGCAGGGGUGCGAGCAGCAUACACAAAGAGACCAUAUGACACUAGUGUCUCACUAAGUGUCCACAGUUUGUUGCUUGUUGAUGCCCUGCAGAUGUUUGGACCAGACUUCGAGCUAUUGGUUGCUAGUCAUAAGCAUGUUGGGAUGGACAGCGUUAGUGGAAGCUUGAGAGACAGUGAGCCAACAUCACCAACAUCACCAGCAUCACCGGAUCCUCUUGGGUCCAAGGCUUUCAAAGCGACGUCACCAGUAGCACUGACACAGGCAUUGUCCAGUUUGCAGAGUGACCCUGCCUCAUCACUCAGAGCUGUGUCUCCAGGCAGUGGUGUCCCUUCAUCCCCACCCCAUGUGUCUCCUCCCCACAUUGCCCCGGGCCGCCCACCUUCAGUCAACCUGGAUAUGCUUGAUGCAGAUGCACUAAUCACAGUGGAGAUAUUUCUCGUCAGUGCCAACUGUCCUUCUAAUGAAGGAAGUGGAGAGGCUCUUCAGAUUGCAUCCAUACAGUUCAAUAACCUGGACAUUAUCGCUAAUCAAGAAACCAUAGUGGAGCUAAUGGGAUUCACCCGCCGAGUUUUCCCACAACUGAAACCUGGCCCCAAGCGACCACCACAUGGCAUUCCAGUUCAUGUUGGUAGUGGUACAGCUUCUAGUCAGGAUGAAGCAUAUGCAACUCCACAGGAAGACAGUGUAGCUGGUGGUGGGCUGAGUCACACAGGAGCAGUCACACGUACUGAACUCACUUUUGAUUUCCAUCGCCUGAACAUUCUUUUAUUGCGAGCUGUGAUGAAGGAUUGUGGUCUAAUUGGGAGAAAAAUUGGAACAGCAACAAUGACAGAGGCCAAAGUCCAGGCAACUGUUGGGAGAGAUUUGGAGGUACAGGGAUCCCUUGGAGGCCUCCAAGUGCUUGACCUAACUCCUGAAGGCCAGUUGCACCAGAGAAUCUUGAGUCUUGGAAAAGAUCCCCUUGUACAGAGGAAUGUUGAUCUUGUAAGCCGCCUUGAUGCAGAGUUGUACAUCAUGUGUCAGCAGCCCAUGGAGAGUUCUGAAGACAGUCGGGCAUUCAGUUUCAGUGUGCGGAGACCUCUAGAAAGGGCAGAGUCAGAUUGUGCGGAGAUCAAAGUGCGCAUGGCAUCAGUUUGGUACACUCAUUCUCCACAAUUUCUGGCAGAGCUUCAGUCAUGUGUGGCUGAAUUCAAACAGUACUUAACCAAUGUGGCCCGUUCCAUCAAGUCUGCUGCUACAGAAAUGGCAAUAGGAUUAGUGCAUGCCAGGACAGAAGCUUUGGCACAAACUCUGUAUAUGAACAGCCGCUUGUCUUCUUCAUUGUAUGGUGGAUCAGGCUGGGAAAUGUCACCUCGCCGAAGAAGGCGAAGCCUUUCACAGUCAUUUGAACACCUAGAAGGGAUGUCUAGUACCAGGGGUACUACCCCACACACACCAUACAGCCCCAGCAUGGACGAGGACUCUCUCAAUCUGCUGCUUGAUGUCAACUUGGAUAUUGUUCUUGACACACCUGUGGUGGUGCUGCCUCGUUCACCGGAGAGUCAUGAAGUGUUUGUUGCUCAUCUUGGCAAAAUAACAGUCAACAACCACCAUAUAUCUAGUCCAGAUUUGCAAGACCGUGAAGAUCUGUGGGGAAUGAGCAGGAGAGAGAGAUAUAAUGUUGAAAUUCGAGAUAUGAACUUGUAUUCUCUGGACACGGAGAAGAGAAGCACCAAGGAUACUUCAAAUCUGCAUCCAGAUGGGGACUGCUCUCUGGUGCGUGCUGAGAUUCUGUAUAAUUGUGCUGAGGAUGGGAAACCAGUACUUCAUAAUACUGUUAUCCAUCUCACCAUAGAUCGUGAUAUAGGUCGCAGUGUAAUGAAAGAAUCCGACAGCCUACCAACAUUGCUCAUGGGUGAAGAUACUGGCACAGAGUUCCAAGAUAUAGAGAAGCAAGAUGUUGUGCAGAUAUCAGGUGGUGUUGUGACUCCACUGAAAGUAUCGCUGUCUCGUCGGCAGUAUGAGCAGUUGCUGGCUACAUUGGACAGCCUCAUGGUCCACUCAGUCUCUGAGGAGACCAUCUUGUUCAGCAGUCGUCGUCUGGUCGAUAUAAAGGAGGAGGAAGGAGAGCUACAUACUGGCGUGUCGACACUCAAUAUGGACCCAGCACUGAGAGCAAGGAUGCUGAAUGUCAGCGCUGGGAAGCCAAAAAUUGAGAACCAGCACACACUGACACUGAAAGUAUCAUUUGAUCUUCCAGUAUUCACAGUAGAGCUACGAGGUGAUUUAGGCUCUGGAGAACAAGGUUUAGUGGAUCUGUCGUUUCAAGAUUUCAGUGUUCAGUAUGAUAAAUCAUGCAGAUACGAGACUCACAUUCAGAUGUCCCUGCGUUCACUGCUGAUGGAAGAUCUCUCUGUUGAACCUGACUCUAAACAUCGUCGGAUUGUGAUGUCAUCUGCAGCAACAGAAGUGGAUGACAAGAUUCUGAAUCGGCCGCCAGAGUUUUAUUCUAAGUCUUGCCCAAACUUGUUGAACCAUCAGCCGAUACACAGUCACCACAGUUCCUUGCCAGACCAUCUGGAAACAGAGAGUGUUUAUGGGACAUUUAGUAACAGCAAGAGAAGGAAGUCUGUUAAACCAACAAUAAAACGAGCCAAGACUGUGGAAUAUCCAUGUACACCGCCACCAUCUCCUCGUUUCUCUGGUUCACCAGCAAGUAUGAACAGAGAAGAUAAUCUGGUCCACAUAAACAUGGCACUCAUUGAUAAGAAUGCGCCCAACUUCAUAUCUCAUUAUGAAGGACUGGAUCGCUCUGUGAAUGUGGACUUCAAUUCACUUGAUAUUAUUGUGAAUGUUGAGUCCUGGGUUGUGAUCUUGGAUUUCUUUGGACUUGGUCCUGACAGUCCAACAGGACAGCACAAAGCUAGUGCCCCUUGGCAGUCGAUUCCAGCAGAAGAUACAUCAGCUAAUAAAGAUGAAAUAUCAUUCAAUUCUGAGUUAGACAUAGAAAUCCGUUCACUGACUCUGGUGUUGAACCGCCCACAGUAUGAAGUAGCAAGAGCUAACAUAUCACAUUUUUCAACUCAAGUAAAAUCCCACGAUAAGGAACAGAUUAUAGAAGGUCGCUUGGGCAGGAUGUCUCUGCUUGACCUCACACCCCAUGGUCUUCUGUACAGAGAGCGAUUCAUCUCUUCAGGCCACGAAGCACUCAAUUUCUACAUGGUCAGACGUAGGCGACAAGGGCUGAGAGUAAAAUUGGAUUAUGACUCCUUGCUCAAACUGGAGAUGUCAUCGGUGUUGUAUGUACACACACACAGAUUUGUGGCAGAGAUACAAGCGUUUUGCCAUCAUUUCUCCCAGCUCCAAAGUUUUGUGAACAGCAUACACUCAGCAGCAGCUGGAAUUGUGGUACCAGAAGAAAGAAUGCAGGCAACACGUCUGUUGUUAGAGCUUCAUGCAGGCUCUCCAGUAAUCCUGUUGCCUGUUAGCUCCCAGUCUCCAGAAAUAUUGGUUGUUGACUUGGGAAAGUUGUCAGUGAGCAACAGCUUUUGUUAUGCUGGAUCGGAAGGAACCAUCAGCUCAGUGCGACAGCUAGCUGAGGACAGAGCAGCUGCACAGCCCCUGGAUGUUGCUUGUUUACUCGAUGUGAUGCAAAUUGAGUUGGUGAGUAUGGACUUGUAUGCUGGACGGAGGGAAGCCCAGCAAUUUGAUAAAAACCUGAAAACUAAGAAACCGCAGUGUGCUCUGGAGUUAGGGUCCUUUGUUGUAAACAAAUGGGGCCCUUCCCUUCUCCGUGAGAAGUGCCAACUAAAGCUUCAAGUGGAAAGAAAUUUGGAUUCUCCAUUAAACCAUGAUGUUCCAGACAUGAGUGUUAAGGGGACACUUUCAGCCCUGCAUGGAGCGCUGGAUCUCUCUCAGUAUAAACUUAUCAGAGGAUUGUUGUCAUAUAACAUAGGAGAAACUCUGGAUGACUUUGAAAUCAAGAGCUCAGAGAGAACCACUGCUUACAUGUACAAACAGCAGCAGAGUGUUAGUGACAGAGUGUGGACACUGACGUCAGUUCAUCUUGACCUUGUGGAUGUGACCUUGAAGCUGCAGUUGAGUCAUGGUGUUGCUUUUGAUGGUUGUGAAUCAUCUCUGGCCUGCAUAAAUUUCAUAAAGUCACGACUCAUGGUUGAAACAUACAGCAAUCAGUCGCGUGAUAUUGACCUCAUCUCCCAAGAAAUACUCAUCACUGACACACGUUUUCAAGCUGAACCAGUUAACAGACGAUCAAAUGUGUUUACCAACAUUCUGCAGCCAAUCCACCAUUUGGCUGGUACGGAACUGGUUCAGGCAGAAGUGCAUCACAGGAAGAGGCGAGAUUUCUCAAAAUUCACUAUCCUGUUGAACAACAUGCGGCUCAUGGCCAUUUUGGAUUGGUGGGAAGCUGUCAGAGACUUCAUUAUGGAGAAUGUCGACAAUCCUUAUGGAGCUUCAGGGAACCAAAUCAGCCGUACUGAUAUUUCAGCCAAAUCAGAUCAGCUAUCUAAUGGGGAAGCAAGUACCAUGAAGGGUCAGCUGGCUGAGGAAGUUCCAUUUGAAUUCAAACUUAAUAUCACUGACUCUGAAAUUGUGGUUGUGGAAGACACAUCUCAGUGGGACACAAAUGCAGUCAUCCUGAAGAGCACAACUGUUGUGUCAUAUCACCCCAUACUGGCUGACAAGCCCCUGUCUUGCAAUCUGAACCACUGUGAAAUGUUCUCUUGCAUCCUGGGCAUGGAGGAUGAGACUGCUCUCUCAAUCAUUGACCCUGUGACUGUGAACAUGGAUGUGACACACCGCUUGCACAGUGGGACCACAAGGGGCAUCCCAGAUGCUGCUGUCUCACAAACUGACAGAGUGUUGGAAAUCCAGAUGCAUCAGCAGUUAAACAUUCGUCUCUCUUAUCAUGAUAUGAGAAUGUUCAUCCAGAUGCUUAACAGCCUCCCAAAGCAGACACUCUGGGCUAGGAGCCACGAUUCAGAUCAUGACCAGCAACCAGCAAAUGUUCAGAAUCAAAUAAAGAAACUAUCAGCCCUUGGUUUCCAUCCCGAUGACUGCAUAGCCGCUCUUUCUCAUUGCAACGGGCACCUGGAUGAUGCUGCCCUCUGGCUCACUCAUAAUGCAGACUUGGCAGAUACAGCUAUUCGAGGAAAAGACUACAUAGGCGAUAGUCGUUCUUUACUGUCAUUUCAUGUUAUAGAGGUCAAAGCAUCACACGUAUGUGUCUGUGUGAUUGAUGAUUGUCGCGAUUCAGAUGUUCCCUUGCUUGAGCUGUCUCUGUCCCAGUUGGCUCUGGAGCAGGAAGUGGAUGGGGUUGGCACGGCCCAAUGCAUCUUAUCCAGUGACUACUACAACCGUGUGUUAUCUGGUUGGGAACCCUUCAUGGAACCAUGGAGGUGCGAUGUAAGCUGGGAACACAGUUUGUCUACUGACUUAUGUCGGAACCGUCUGCAGGUACACAUCUCAGCUGAGGAUAUUCUAAAUGUCAACAUAACAGAUACUUUUGUAGAUCUUUAUAAAAUGGUGAAGGAGAACUGGACUCAGGAUUACUACAAUCUCACACCUCGUGAGAGAUAUGAUUGUGGAGCAAAUAAGCUGAUCGGAAGCCCACCAGGAUACAGACGGCGGUCUCCAUUUGUCCCAUUUGCAAUACACAAUGAUACAGCUUCAAGAAUUUGGUUUACCACACUAAUCACAUCACCAGACAGCAUUUCUGAUCCUUUACAUGGGAGAGACUCUUCACUUGAACAGGAUGAAAUCUGGACAUCUGUGGCUCCAGAUGACACAGUGCCGUUCUCAUUUGAAGGUCGAGACAAGGCUCGGCAUCGUGACACACACAAGCUGAGGAGCCAUCAGAUUGCUGUUCGAGUGGAGGGCUGGAAAUCUGUUGGUCCUGUGUCGAUAGACAGAGUUGGUGUGUAUUUCAGACAAGCCUUACCAGAACUGUACAGGGCGAACCUCAAUCUGCCUGAAGGCAGAAUUGUGUUUGAAGUUACACUGGAGGGUUCAGCACGGAAAUUAGUGACAGUGAGGUCAUCACUCAUUCUCACCAAUCAGCUCCCAGAGACAGUGGAAGUGAAGCUUGAGAACACACUCAUUCAUCCUGGAGAGACGGGGACGAAGUAUAUAAAAGUUGCUCCAGGUGGAUCACUGCCCGUUCCACUGUCCUAUGUCAUGUCCUACUUGUGGGUGAGGCCUGUUGAUCGAUCGCAACCUGCUGGCCAGGGCUAUGUAUUCUGUAAUAAGCACAUUGUGUGGAGUCAUGUCUCUCGGCCUGGAGAAACUGUGGAGGAACUGAGGAUGUGUAUUAGCAGUAGAGAUCAGUGUUUCAGAUUCUGUGCUGCCAUUCACCGUGAACACUUUCCUUAUGAGCGUGUUACAUCUGCAUACAAGUGGGUGCAGCCUGCACACACAAUCACCCUUCUGAGUCCCAUCACAGUUGUUAAUCUGUUGCCAUAUGAUCUGCACUAUGCUGUGAAGGAUGCGCCAUCAGGCUCUGCAGGCCGUAUCAAACCUGGACAGUCUGCAUCACUUACACAGGUGGAUAUCGAGAAAGUUGUGGAGUUGUGUUUUCAUCUUGAGAACUUCCCUCGUGCGGGAACGCUGGUAAUUCCCAUGGCAGCACAUACAUUCAGCUCCGUAGUGCGGCUACAUGAUCUGCAAGGGCGACGCCUGUACCUUCAUGCAAAUGUGGUGUGCAAGAGAGGAGCAGGUCUCAAAGUGUCAGUAACAGCUCCGUUCUGGAUAAUCAACAAGUCAGGCCUCCCAUUAGUGUUUCGGCAAGAAGGGGUGCCAACAGAGACAGCAGCUGGUCAGUUUGAGGAACAUGAAGUUGCUCGUAUGGUUGCCCCACUGCUUUUCUCAUUUGCAGACCAUGAAGCUAGUCCCACUGUGGUGGCUCGUGUUGGCAGUGGGGUCCAUCCAGAGGGAAUACCACAAUGGUGUCAGCAUUUCCACCUACACAAAGGUAUACAAGUUCGCCGCCUACGUGUAUCAUUGCGUGACUGUCGUCCAGACAUUAUGUAUGUGAUCGGGAUUAAUGUUCGUCCAGGGAGAGGUCGCUACCGGUCGACUAAUAUUGUCACGCUGUCACCCAGAUUUCAGUUACAUAAUAAAUCUACAUACCAACUUCAAUUUGCCCAACGCUGCUUUGCUACAACUUUGAAUGAUCCAGGUGCUCAAGCCACAUACUUGAAUGCUGUUCCUGAUUGCUGUUUACCAUUCCACUGGCCUCGUCUUGACAAAGAACAGUUGUUAUGUGUGCAGCUGUUGGACGUGCCAAACUGUCUGUGGUCUGGAGGCUUUCUUAUUGAUACUAAUGACUCCCUGCAAAUUAACGUGAGAGACACUGAGGGCAAGAUGCACUUCCUGAGGGUAGAAGUGGUCCUUCAAGAUGCAACGUACUUCAUAGUGUUCACUGAUGCUGAUAUCAUCCCUCCAACAGUACGUUUGGACAAUUACUCUGAGGUGCCACUCCAGUUCCAUCAGAGUUGUGUAACAGCUGAGAGUUUGCUGUCGACAGUUCGCCCCCAUUCAUGUGUACCAUAUGCAUGGGAUGAACCAACGUUACCCCACAGCAUCACCCUCCUUGCCCCUGGAGGAGCAGCAGCCUCUUAUGACAUGAAGUCCUUAAGGGAGGACCAUGAGGCUCAAGGAUUAACCUAUGAAAAUUUUAUCUACAUAGCUUUCACAGGAACAUUCAAAUCCGGUGAUACACAGGAAAUAGGAGGAGCAAAUGCGUGUUACAACCCGUUAGAUGUGGAGAGCCAGCAGUUGGUGCUGGACGUACCUGAAGGAAAUAGAGUUGUUCUCAGCAGCAAGGAGAAGGGAGCACGCUCACAGUUGUGGCGAAUGACUGGAGAAGGGCAGCUCCAACAUGAAGGCAGCAGUCCACCUAGGGACCCACGUUCAAAGCACAGUGUUCACAGUGAUGACCGAAUAUUGGUACUUGACAUCGCUGGUCCUGCCCCUCAGCCAACACAGUAUGUCAGUCUUGUUUUACGAAGACCUGAUAAACGCCGAAAGUCUACACAAACAUGGCAUUUUACAGAAGAUGGACGUUUGUGCUGUGCUCACAAUAACAUGUGUGUCCAAGCAAAAGAUGGUUUCUUUGGUUUGCACCGAGGGUCUGCCACCUCUGGGGCCUCAUGGCAGUUGUGGAGUGAGGCAGUGCUGGGCCCACCUCAGCCUGUGUGCCACCAGCUGACACACACAGGCGUUCCACUGGAACAGGCUGUAGGCAGACACAGACUGAGACCUGGAUCCGGCUUCCUGGCUGUGAAGAUAAUGACAGAUGGCCCAACUUCAGUUCUUCAUAUUUCUGACAUUAAAGAGAAGCACACAUACUUGGUGAAGGAUGAGACCAUUGUUCUGAUGUCUCGGUUGCCAGAAGCAGCUGCUAGAGGUCUGCCAUCUGAUACUCGUGAACUGCAGGUGAAGCUGGAUUUACCUGGGGGACUUGGCAUAAGUUUGGUGUCCUCUCAGCCUGCAGAAGAACUUCUGUUUGCUCACCUGACUGGGAUCAACAUGGAACUGGUGUCGACAGGGUCACAGCAGAAACUGAACCUUCGCGUGAAAGACAUCCAGUGUGAUAACCAGCUGUUUGAGGCUCAGUGCCCUGUGGUCAUGUAUGUUACUCCACCAUCUGCAAGAAGUAAGGAUGCUGAGACACAACGUAUUCUGCCAGUGCUCAGGAUCACCGCCGAGAGGGUCCCAAACAUUAAUCCUAAUGUCGCAACAUACAAGCAUCUGAUCGUAACAAUGAAGAACCUGUCCAUUACCAUCGAGGAAAGACUUCUGCUGAAACUGUUCCUUUUUGUUGGCUACAGCCAUCUCAGCCCAGAACAGGAGGAUGCUGAGGAGAGUGACUGCACAGUACAACAGAUUCUCACUGAAGUGACCUCUGUUCAUGCAAAGAAAUAUUAUUUUGGAUUGCUCAGGCUUGAACCUGGUCACGUAAAAUUGAGUGUGGUGACAUCCAGCAAGUUGCCAGCACAACUGCAGUCCAUCAAGAGGAAGCUGGGGCUCACACUGAUCAAAUUUGAGGAUGCAUCAGUUGAUCUCAAACCAUUCGUCAAGAAUCAUUCAUUUGAAAGCAGCAAAUUCUUUUUACAUUCCAUUCUAAAGCAUUACAAAGAUGAACUGAAGUGGCAAGCAGCUAGCAUCUUGGGGUCUGUGGACUUCCUUGGCAGUCCUCUGGGCUUUGUCAAUGAUGUGACAGAAGGAGUGUCUGGGUUGCUGUUCGAAGGGAAUGUUCAAGCCUUAGUCCAGAAUGUGACUCAUGGCCUCUCCAACUCAGCAGCCAAAGUGACAGAAUCCUUGUCAGAUGGCCUUGGUCGAGUAAUAAUGGAUGAGCAUCAUGAAGAAACAAGACAGCGAAUCCGCAAAAUCCACACUGGGAACAGCAGUGAUCACAUUGUGGCAGGGCUGAAAGGUUUUGGUUUCGGUUUGCUAGGUGGAGCAACCAGCAUCUUCAAACAGACCUAUGAGGGAGCCUGUACUGAGGGAUUUCAGGGUCUCAUUUCUGGUUUUGGCAAAGGACUGGUUGGUACAGUCACAAAGCCCAUGGUUGGUGUCCUGGACCUUGCCUCAGAGACCGCCAGUGCUGUCAGAGAUUCAAGCCGAAGUUCUACCCGGGUGGCACCAGGACGGUUCCGUGCACCUCGCUGUGUCACUGGCCCAGGUGGGCUGCUGCCCCCAUACUCAACGCAACAGAGUCAAGGCCAGGAGUUCCUUUACAGCAUCAACAAGCAAAACUACUCUGAACUGUUCAUGGCUUAUGACUGCCUGCGAAUUGGACCAGAGGAUUUGCGUAUUCUGGUAUCCAGCGAUACGGUACGAGUCUUCUCUGUUAGUGCUUCUGGCACAUGCACCAUUGUGGUUGAAACACAUCUCAGUGACUUGUACCACUGUCAGCCAACCAGUAGGCCUAGCGAUGAACCUCAAGGCUCCAACACAUCAAAUGAAGUCCUACAUUACAUUGAACUAACAAUGCGAGUGGACAGUGUUGGCUUUGAGUCCAUAAGGAGACCAUUAGUGCGCUGUGACAGUGAGGCAAUUGCUAAAUGGGUUUCCCAGCAAGUGAACUAUGCAAAAGGUAUGUUUGAAGAAAGGAGAUACACACUCAUAUCAGAUGCAGACAAUAUCUUGGAAGACUGAAGAUUCAAUAAGGUUCCAUGAAUCUGUGAUAGUCAUCCCUUCUUUGUAUAGAGUACUUACACACAUCGCCAUUUGUAAAAUAAAUAUUCAGGUAUGUAUGAAGCUGCAGCGGCUUUCAGAAGCUAAUAUUAAUAACUUUACAAGUCACAAAGACUGGACAGUCAUCAGUAGAAUAUGAUUUCAAAUAAAUUAACCAGAACAAAGGUACUGUAAAUUUUAAAAUGUAUUUAUUAAUAAAUUAUAAACACUGCAACUAUUAUAAUGUUUAUUUUUGUAUCCUUUUAGUACUUUCACUUCCAGCAACUGAAUGCUGGCUUACCUCCCAGCCUGCCAUGUUUGCUGCACCCAAAGUUAACAGCAGUCGGUCUACAUAUGUACAAGGAAUUGCAUAAGCAGCUGUGUGCACCAUUUGCAGUAGUGAUCAAAGUGCAUUCAGAAAAAUCUGUAUGUUGUCUUUUCACAGCAUGUUGCUAUCUGCUGUGUUUUAUGGUCUGGAUAUCUGACAAUAACACCCCCCCCCCCAAGCAAAGGAGAAUAGCUAUGGCUCCUUGGUCAAGAUGUGUGAAAGCACAACAAUAAUACAAUGUCAUGUAAUUAUUAAUGAUAAUGGAGUUAGAGCAGUAAACUUUGCCACAUCCAAAAAUCUUACUGUCAA